AUGCUCACCAAGCUAGGCAUGAGGGCGAAGGCUCGCCUGGGUCGCGACAGUAGAAGUCCUCGGCCUCAGAACAGCAGUCCGUACGCGUCUCUCCUCGAUGUGCUGAAGCCCGCUUCGCUCCCACGCAGAGUCCUGAACAAGUUAACGAAGCUGACGAGAAGAGCUAGGAACGAAGACCCCGAAGCCGAAGUCGAGAUCGAAGUGCAAGAUCAAGCGCACGUCCAGAUUCCGGAACAAGUCGUUGCCGAGUCGGUCGUGGAGGGUUGCGAGUCUUCGAAUUGCAGUCCAACAAAGCAGCCCCAGAGUGAUCUCAUUGAGGCUGCUGCAGAGCCGUCACUUAAGCGCCUCUCGCCUGCCAGCUCUCUGCUAACAUCAAAUGAAGGCAUGCUUUGGCUUGCAUUUCAACAGUCGACCGAGCACUCAGGCAAUGCACUAUCACCGAUCACUGUCUCCGCGGAUGAUCGUGCUGAUCCAGCCCCAGAUUGGCGAGAACCUGGUCACAUACCUGCAGAGCAUUCAGACCGAAUGACUGUGCACUCCAGUUCAUCGAGCUGGGAGACUUUCACAAACAGCAGCACAUCACCAGGGCGUGAAACACCCGCCAAGAGUGAAGCUGCCGCGGUGACAAGUGAUGAAGCAAGGGCCUAUAUCAUGGUAAUGAUGCACCUUGGCAACCAGAACGACCUCCGCUCGUCGAUCGAUACCUCUUCACCUUCCAGCGACCUAUCUACAGUUGUGCCUGCACGAACGCCUCGUUCUCCAGAACUGCAGAGGCUAUUCACGAUAGGCGCGAUUUCGUUUGAGGAGGCAGUCGUCAACAUUCGUGCUGCAACUGCAAACGCACUGCUCAGCCAGAGUCUCGUACCGGCCAUGGGGAGAGAGACAUCGACGGAAGCCUUCGAUGAGCGUCCACCACCGCUGGUGAUGCCGAGAAGACGCGGCAUGGAAUCUGAACAGACUCCAACUGAUGCUGUCCUUGUUUCCGGCAAUGCACUAAUUACUCCAACUGGUGCAGACGCGGCACAACCACAAGCGUUGAACGUGAAUAGACAUCGUAACUGGGACUCUCUAUCAACGACUGUCUCAGAACUCCAUCCGAUCUGGGCAAACCAUGGCUUACAGCAACCUCAAGCACUGGCUCAGGUCCCUGCUUCGACAGCAUCUCAAGCUUCAGCACCAGCACAGCCAGCAGAAUUGCCCGGAUCUGAGCAGACCGCAGCGCCACAAUCUACUCGCACGAAGAUUCCAGUUCAAGAACGAAGAUGGGCCGACAUGUCCAGCAAUAUCUCGGUCCUCAGUCCUGGCUUCCCUAAGCGAGGUCUUCCUCAACACCAAGAGUCACCCACUCCGGCUGGCCGUAACCGUCAAGAGGUUCCGCUUCCUUCCACCUUAGGAACAGAGUCAACCUCAACGCGAGGCCGUGUGCUACACGUGAACCGUCGUGGAGGACUUGGUACUGCACGUGGUCAUCAUACCCGUGGCGACUCCAACGCUACUGCCAACAAUGCAUUCUUCAAUGACACUCGAGCUCAGCGGCCGGACUCGCAUCCAGGUCCAGUACAUCUUGGUCAUGAUACAGGAGUUCAGGUGCCAAUCGAGCAAGCAUCUCGGAUCCGACCUCAUCCGUUUCGCCGCGCAGUCCACCGGCCCUCCAGCACUCCUCAGGACGUUGCCCACUCUACCUUUCCAAACGGCCUCGCCAAUAUUCAGCCCCCACCCCUUCCAUGGCGACGUCCAAAUCCUCCAGGCUAUUGGAAUCCACCGUCCUUCAACGUCGCCUUUCAUGAUACGACUCGAGACCGUGCACGCAACAUCACACCCGAUCGUCACAGUUACUCUUCGGUAGGCUCCUCCCCACUCAGCAACCACUUCGUCGAUGCAACGACCCCCUUCGAGCCCCGCCCACCGAGCCCACCUCUCCCCACAAACGUCGUGGAGAAUCUCGAAGCACGUGUGCAAGACUUCCGAGGGUUUUUCGAAGGGCUCCAGCAGCAGAGAGAUGCGCUGAGGACUCGCGAGCAGGAGAUUGCGGCUGAGAAAGCGGCGAUGGAGACGGAGUUGAGGGAGUUGGAUGUGGCGAUUGCGAGGGAGGAUCGCCGACAGGUGGCGCUGUACGAGGAGUGUAUGGCGGAGGGUGUCAAUGCUGAUGCGUUGAUUGCUAGGGCGGAGCGGGAGGUGCUGGAUGUGGAGGAGGAGGCCGAGGGCGGGAACGGUGACACGGGCGAGGCCGGUGGUGGCCAGCGUGGAAACCGAGAUGAGGACGACGCCGAGCUUGGAGAUGACGUUCUUGCAGCCGAUCGGGAGUUCAACAGCGAGCUUGAAGUUCGCAGUCAGAGUUCCGGGAUGGGAGCGACUGAAGGAUUCAUGAACUUGAAUGUGCAUCGUUGGCUUGAGGCGCGUUCCACGAGUGUCGCCGUGGCUGACGGGGAGGUGCUGGAGUCCCCUGCCGUUAGGGAGGCCACGCGUCUGCUUCGAGUGUCCUCUGUACAUGAAAACUAA